AUGUUGGCAAAGAACCUACACAGGGCAUCGGUGCCCGUUCUCGCUCUCUUCUUACAGCUACAGCUCGUUGCGGCCUCGCCCUUUUCUACUCCUCAACCCACCAACUCGCUGACAGCACGGGACUGUACCCCAUGCGGUUACUAUGGACAGGCCUGCUGCUCAGCCAGCGAAACAUGCAGCACCAACUCGAACAACCAAGCAGUGUGUAUUCCCGCUGGCUCUGGAGGAGGUCAAUGGGAAUACUUCACUACGACAUACGUCCGAACCGACUUCGUCACAGUCACGUCGACCGGCAGCAGGCCCAUCUCUCAGCCGACAGGCCAGCCACAAUGUAAGGUCGAAAUUGGAGAGACGGAAUGCGGCAGCACCUGCUGCACGGCUGCACAGUCAUGCAACGAGAACCUGGUAUGCGUCCAAGCCGGCGGUUCACCUUUUCCCACCACCAACCCAGCUCCCACUCCUCCCACACGACCUACCAGCACCCAGGGGGUGACCGUCACCACGAUUCCGGCCACCACCACCAUCCCAUUCAUUCCAGCCGUCGGUACCGAUGGCAGCAGCGUCAUCGGCAUCACCAAGGGCAGCGGUGGCCUAAGCGGUGGAGCGAUUGCCGGUAUCGUCAUUGGGUCUAUCGCUGGCGCCCUGAUACUCAUGCUCAUAUGCAUCUGCUGCUGCGUGGGAAGCUGCGUGGACCGUGUACGGGCCAUGUUUGGAAUAGGCGGCCGCAAACCAAGCAGGCACUCCGCUUACACCGGAUCGUCAUCGUAUUCCUCUCAUCACGGCUGGUUCGGCGGCGGCUCCAGGGUCAGCUCAGAGAAGAACAAGAAAAAGAAGACCGGCUUCCUCGGGCUGGCCAGUCUGGGCGUUGUUAUCGGUGCAAUCGCCCUCUGUCUCGGUCUGCGUCGACGAAAGGACGACAAGUCGACAACCUACUACACCGGGUCAUCCUAUACAUACUCGUCGAGCAGUAGCAGCAGCUCCUCCUCCUCUGGCCAACGGACACAGCGGUCUUGA